AUGAAAUCAUCAGACAUUGACCAGGAGUUAUUCACGGAGAGUUACUGCAAAGUGUGCAGCGCUCAGCUGAUAUCGGAGUCCCAGCGCGUGGCCCAUUACGAGAGUCGGAAACAUGCCAGCAAAGUUCGCCUCUAUUACAUGCUUCACCCCCUAGAUGGAGGCUGCCCAGCUAAAAAGCUUCGGUCAGAAAACGGCAGCGACGGUGACUCGGUGGAUAAGAACAAAUGCUGCACACUCUGUAACAUGUCCUUCACCUCGGCGGUGGUGGCCGAAUCGCAUUACCAAGGGAAAAUCCACGCCAAAAGGUUAAAACUGUUGCUAGGGGAACAACCAUCGUUAAAGGCCACAGAAGCCACCCUGAGCUCCCUGAAGCAGCCGCACACGGACAGUCCCCCGGCGGUGCCGUCCCCGCCGCAGCGGCGAGACUCGGACCGGUACUGCCAGCUCUGCGCUGCCUGGUUCAACAACCCCCUGAUGGCGCAGCAGCACUACGACGGCAAGAAGCACAAGAAGAACGCGGCCAGGGCCGACCUCCUGGAGCAGCUGGGGAAGACCCUGGACCUGGGAGAGCUGAGAGGCCUGAAGCGCAGCUACACGUGCAACAUCUGCAACGUCACCCUGAACUCCAUAGAGCAGUACCACGCACACCUGAAGGGCUCCAAACACCAGACCAACCUGAAGAACCAGUAGUUGCUCGUCAGCCAAGAAGGCAAAGCACCGAGGCUGCUUCUGCAGAGAGGAGCUGGCCAGCCAGGAGAGGAUGCUUUCUUGGACUGCAAUCCCCUGUGGAUUUGAUAAUUAACAUGUAACUAACCUGCGCUUUGGACAAAUACAUGGAUUAUUUUAUUUAAUUUUAUUUUUUAAUUUUGUGGUGAGUUAAAAUAUUUCAAUGGAUUUUUUUACCCUUUCAGGAUAAUAUUUAUUCAGCACAGAGUCUAGAGUAUGAUAACUAUCCUGUAAAUACAGCACUUAAUCAUCACUCAUCUUCAGAGACAGUGGAAACAAAAUAUUUUACUUUUUCAUAUUUAUUCUUAGAUUUCUCCCCAGAGUAUAAAAUUAUUCUAUUACGUUAUCCAUGACAGUGAUGUAACCAGUCUUCAACCAGAAAUAAACAUACUUUCUUCACCUUCUCCAGCAUGGUUUGUGUCAGCACAUAAAGAGCAGCAAAAAAUGAAUCACAGGGAUUGUGUAAUGGAUGAAUAUUUUCCUUUUCCUCUUUGUCUUCAGAGAAACAGAAGUUCACUGAGCAAAGAAAACUAAAA